GUGGGUCACGUCUGAUGUCACGGGACACGUGGUGUGUGUCAAAGGUCAUGUUGGGAAAUGCGUUGAGGUGCUUUGUGUCACCUGUGUUUGCGCAUCUCUCCGUGCACGCUGCGCUCACAGGGUCACGCGUGUUGGGGCACAUGGAGUGCCGGGUUGUAUGCGGCUGUGGUACAUGGAGCUUGGAUGUGGCUUGUCAGUCAGAGGCGACGGGUUGCGCCUUCCUCCACACACAUUGCAUUUGGGCUUCGGGGCCGUGUAGCCCGAGCCUUGUCCCCUCCCCUGGGGCACCAUUCUGGGCUGUGUCCCCUGUGACGCACCGGAAUGUGCCAGAACGUCUUCCUCUGGGCUGGGCUGCUUGGGUUUCUGUGUGUGUCGCUGUUCGAUGGAGGUCUCUGCCCGUGACCUUUUAUACUGCUCCCCGGUUACACACCUGGAUGGCGCUGUGUCCUGGGGUGCGUUGUAUGUCGUUCUCUGAGUGUGUGUGCCCGAGUCGCCAUGCGCGUGGUGUGCUUCUGUGUGCUUCCUGUGCGUUUCUCCGUGUGCUGGGUGACGGGGAUGCCAUGGGUGUAUCCCUAAAUGUCACGUGUCUGCUUGUGUCAGAUAUCAUUCCACGGGCGUGCAAUGCUCGGGGCUCUGUGGGCGUAUUGUUUCCAUACGCGUGUGUGUGGCAUCGGGCAUCACUACGCCAGCACAAAUUGUGUGUUUGUGGGACAUUUGCUGUGGGUUGUGCAGCUGUGUGUGUGCAUCACCCAGUGUGUGGCGUCUGGGUGUGGCUGUUUGUGUCAGACAGUGUUGUGCCCACGGAUCGCAGCAUUUGUGCCUGCGUGUGGACAGUAUUUGGGUGGCUGUGUGUGUCACGGGGAACUGCCUGUCUGAGGACCGGCGUGUGUCACAGCACAUGUGCGGUGUCUGGGUGUGGCUGUGGGUUUCAGAACCCGUGGGGAGUUGUGAGUCACUUGGUGUAGGUCGAGUUGUGUGCCCAAGUGUGUUAGGUUGUGUCCGGCGGUGCUGUGGGUGUGGCUGCAUGCAGGUGUGUGUCACACGGUGCAGACUGUUGUGACCGUUGUGUGCCAGUGUGUCUGCACCCACGUGGGUGCAUGCUCUUCCUUGCUCUGCCCCAGACACACCCCAGCCCCUCCUUAGACUGAGAAGGGAGGUUGACGAGCCUCCCUGCUGCCCAAGGGCCUCCCCAGUCCCUCCCUGCCCUGCCCAGCCGGCCGUCACCACCCCCCAGAGGGCACGGGCUCUGCUCUGCCUCAGAGCAAGAGCCCCAGAGCAACUGAGCAGAGCAGGCUGAUGACCUGCUGGCCACAGUGGCUGCCCUUUGCGUGCUGCGAGGUGGGGGACCCUGGGCAGGAAGCUGGCUGAGCCCCAAGAUCCAGGGGGCCAUGAGCGGGGAGCUGGUGCCUGGCCUGGAGGCCCUGCAGCGGCGAAAACACCUGCUGGAGCAGGAGAAGUGGCUGGCCUGUUGGGCACUGACGCUGGCGGGAAUUGGCAUCGGGCUCAUGGUACUGCACGCCGAGAUGCUGUGGUUCGGAGGGUGCUCGUGGGCACUCUACCUGUUCCUGGUAAAAUGCACCAUCAGCAUCUCCACCGUCCUGCUCCUCUGCUUCAUCUUGGCCUUUCAUGCCAAAGAGGUCCAGCUGUUCAUGACCGACAACAGCCUCCGGGACUGGCGCGUGGCACUGACGAGGCGGCAGGUGGCGCAGAUCCUGCUGGAGCUGGUGGUGUGCGGGCUGCACCCGGCGCCGGUGCGGAGCCCGCUGUGCACGCCGUCGAACGCGACGCAUUCCUGGCCGGGCUUUCUGAGCCAGGGGGAGGCGCUGCUGUCGCUGGUCAUGCUGCUGCGCCUCUACCUGGUGCCCCGCGCCGUGCUCCUGCGCAGCGGCGUCCUGCUCAACGCGUCCUACCGCAGCAUCGGCGCCCUCAACCAGGUCCGCUUCCGCCACUGGUUCGUAGCCAAGCUGUACAUGAACACGCAUCCCGGCCGCCUGCUGCUCUGCCUCACGCUUGGCCUCUGGGUCACCACCGCCUGGGUGCUGUCCGUGGCUGAGAGGCAGGCUGUGAACGCCACGGGACACCUCUCAGACACUCUGUGGCUGAUCCCCAUCACAUUCCUGACCAUUGGCUAUGGGGAUGUUGUGCCGGGCACCACGUGGGGCAAGAUUGUCUGCCUCUCCACUGGAGUCAUGGGGGUCUGCUGCACAGCCCUGCUGGUGGCCGUGGUGGCUCGGAAGCUGGAGUUUAACAAGGCGGAGAAGCAUGUGCACAACUUCAUGAUGGACAUCCAGUUCACCAAGGAGAUGAAGGAGUCAGCCGCCCGGCUGCUACAAGAGGCCUGGAUGUUCUACAAACACACACGCAGGAAGGACUCUGGAGGAGCCCGUAGGCACCAGCGCAGGCUGCUGGCUGCCAUUAGCACGUUCCGCCAGGUGCGGCUGAAACAUCGAAAGCUCCAGGACCAAGUGAACUCCAUGGUGGACAUCUCCAAGAUGCACAUGAUCCUGUGUGACCUGCAACGGGGGCUGAGCAGCUCACACCAGGCCCUGGAGAAGCGGAUUGACGCACUGGCAGGGAAGCUGGACACCCUGACUGAGCUGCUCAGCGCUGUGCUGAGGCCAAGGCAGCUUCCAGAACCCAGCCAGGAGGCCACAUAGCUGGACCCGUGAAGGAAGAACAAAGCUCCUUUCCCCAGGAUUGAGGUCAAGGGCAUUCUCCCUUCUACUCCUGACCCAGCCCUAUGAAUAAAGCACCUCAAAUGCAAGGACUCAAGGGGCCCCACCUUGGGGUGGGUUGGCUCGCUGAGGCCGCUGGAGGGGACAAUGGCUGAAGGAGGGAGGCCCUGGCCCACCACCCCUGAGGCCCCAGAUGGGAAAAUGGUUACCACUAUCCCGUGUACCCUCAACCAAAACAUCCGCACAGCGCUGCCACAGAUGACCUCCGGCUUUCAGUUCCAAGCCGAGGUGCCUGGGGGCUGGGGCAACCGUGGCCCAGAGGAGGAGGGUUCUGGAGGAGGGGCCCAGAGUCCAGGAUCCUGGGUUGCCUCAGUUGCCGACUGGUUGGCAGAGCUGAAGGAGCCAGAGCUGGAGCUGGGACAAGGCAGGGGGCAGCGCCCCCUGGUGGGAGAGCAGGAGGACGCCAUUUUUCUAGUGUUGCAGAGAACACGGAGGGGAGGUAGAGCCGGGGAAGAGACCACUGGUCUCUGCUCUCACACUUUGUAAUAAAUGUUAAACAGAGAA